AUGGACUGCAAGGAUGCUGGUCGUCGCAGCGUAGAGGCCGUGCGGCAGAAAGAGUUGGAAAUAAAGCCGGAGAGCCACGUAACCACCUGGGAGUACUGGCUCAACAAUGUACAAGACUGGUGUAUAUCUCGUCAGCUGUGGUGGGGGCAUCGUAUUCCUGCUUAUAGAGUGGUGGAGCCGGUGGUGCCGCCCGAGAAGUGUAAUAUGUCUGGGGAGGCAUGGGUGGCUGCGAGGAGCGAAGAGGAAGCGAAGGCUGUUGCUUGUGAAAAAUUUAGUUUGGGUGAUAGAAACAAAGUUGUUGUAGUACAGGAUGAAGAUGUUCUCGAUACAUGGUUCUCUUCUGGUUUAUUUCCUUUUAGUGUAUUUGGAUGGCCAGAAGAAACAGAUGAACUCAAAGCUUUCUUUCCUACAACACUCCUUGAAACAGGCCACGACAUUUUAUUUUUUUGGGUGGCUAGGAUGGUGAUGCUUUCUCUGUUGUUGUUGGAUAAACUACCGUUUAGGAGUGUGUUUCUUCAUCCUAUGGUUCGGGAUUCACAAGGCCAGAAGAUGUCGAAGUCAAAAGACUCGGACUCAUCGCUUAUAUGA